AUGUCGAAAAAAAUGUCCCUAGAAGAAUUUCUAGGUAAUGAUUCAUUAAGUGACUCUUUAUGGAAUGAAGAUGAAAUCAAUUUAGAUGCAAUUAAUGCCACUACAAAUAUCGAUUUGUUGAGAAGUGCCAAUACAAAUUUAGGCAAUAAAAAUUUAAAUAAAACAAAUGGACCUCCUUACAUUGUUAAAUUUGAAAACCUACCAGCAGACUUUACAGAUUUUGAAAUAACCGAUUUGUUUAAGUCAAAGUUUACUAGUUUCAUAAAGUUCAAGUUGUUUUGGGAGUUAAACAAAAAUCCAAAUUUAGAGCAGUUAAAUUCAAAAAGUCAAUUUAUCAAAAAUUUUGUUACUUCAUCAAAAGUAGCGUUUGUAGAGCUAUAUUCUUCAAGAGAUUUAGAAAAAAUUUUGAAAUAUUGGUAUGAUCCUUUAAAAGAUAUUUACAAUAUUAUAGUAAGUGUUGCAAAAUUUGACGAUUUUAAAAAUUAUAUAUCAAAGGAUGAAUUAUUGGCUAACGAAAAUCAUCCACAAGCUGGCAAACCAUUACCACCAUCUUUCGAAAGAAAUGCAAAUGCUGACGCUGGCCAUGCUACAAAUAUUAAGGACACACAUCCUGUUGAUAAGAAGGAAAAAGAUAAACAAAACCCAUUUGGAUCAGCAAAACCUGUCGAUACUCAAUCUAAAAUUUUAGAAAUAGAAGAUAAGAUCACAACAUUCCAUGUAGAAGAUACAUCUACAUUAAGAAAAUUAUCUCAAUCUGAUGCUGACUCAGAAAGACCUUCUCUAUUGAUUCCUGGAAAAGUUACAAUUUUGAAAAAAGAAAACAAACCUUUAAGUUACUCACAUAUUGCAUCUAAAACUGCUUCUACUACUACUACAACAACUACUUCUCCAACAGAAGUAAUCUCUGAUUAUAAUAAUAUGACAGUAACAGAGUCUUACAAUAGAGGUGAUCAUGAAGAAGCCAUCGAAGAAGAAGAGGAUGAGAGAACAGAUGAACUAAACACCUCUGAAGAUGAAGAAGAUAACAAGAAUGUUACAACAUAUGAUACAAACAAGAACUCUGAUCACGACUCAAAGCCAUUUAUUUACAAAGAUGGAGAAAGAGUACCAAACAACAAAUUUUACAACAAUAAACCUAAUAAUUACAAUAACCGUGGGAACUACCGCGGUGGUCACAGAGGAGGACAAGGUUAUAACAGAGGAGGACAAGGUUACAACAGAGGUGGACAAGGUUAUAGCAGAGGCGGUUCUUCAUAUAACUCCAGAUACAAUAAUAAUAACCAAAAUGAAGGCCAUGGCCAUCAAAAUUCUAAUGAUGACAAUUCUAACCAAAAUAAUUCAAACGAUGAACGUUAUUCUUUGUUCAAACCUGCAAGUGGAUUCCUACAAGGAGGAAAUGACAGAAAUUCUAGAAACUUUAAUAAAGGUCCUGGCAAUAAUAGUGGUUACACACCUCAUCAUGGUUCAAGUCGUGGUGGACGUGGUGGACGUGGUGGACGUGGUGGUCGUGGCGGUCGUGGCGGUCGUGGAGGAUCCAGUAGAGAUUCUUACAAUCGUACAAACAAUUAA